GUCUAUAUUUUCUUGUCCUUUAACGGGAGAAAAAACAACAUAAAGCCUCAACCCUGUUUUUAAUCAGGAUUUACAACUAAAGCAUCAUAGGAAAGCCACUGUAAACAGUUCUGCCCUCCAUCAAUAAUGGCACUCUUAAUUCUAUUAUUGCAACGAUCCUUAGACAGAUCCAUUAGACAGAUUUACAAUUUAUUGCACAAGCAGGGUAAUAGUAAUAAAAAAUAAUUAUAAUAACAAUAAUAAUAAAUUUUUAUUUUAUUAUUCAUACCCCACCCAUCUGGCUGGGUUUCCCCAGACAAACUGCAAAGUGGGUUCUUUAGUAAACCAGUUGCCAUGUAUACUGCAGAUCUGUGGUUCCCCAACUUUCCGCACCAUGGAUCACUUGAAGAUUGCAGAGGGUCUCAGUAGACUAAUUAAAUAUUUUUUCUGCCUGUUGUUGCAGUGCACCGUGCUCGAUGCUGUCUUAUUUUUUAUUUCUUACAGCGAUUAUAUCUUGUUGCAUUGCAACUUGGAAUGCCAUAGGCUGUGAAUCCGUAAUAUACAAUAUAGGAAGUAAAAGAAGCAAUGGAAAUUCAAUUAAAAAUCGAUGUGAAUGUAUAAUGCAAUGAAAUCCACAAACACACCUGAAUGACACUCACAGAUCCCUGGUGGUCUAUAGUCCACAGUUUGGGAAACCCUGCUGCAGACAAUUAAUUUUAUGAUGAGUCUUACUUGGGUGUUGACAAUUGGAUGUUCCGUUGCUUCUGUUUAUGACAGCGGUCCUGUGGCCCUCCAAAUGUUGCUAGACUACAACUCCCAUCAUGCUGACCAUGCUGUUUGAGACUAAUGUGAUUUGGGAAACCAACAACCUACGGAGAACUGCAGGUUCCCCACCCCAAAUUGAAAGUUUUAUUUUUAUUUUUUUAUAAUGCAAUCCUAAGCAUACUGUACUUCCUGGGACCUGCUUCCAAAAACAUAGGAUUAAUAUGUUAAUAUGGAACUCUCCAUAAUCAAAAGGUAUGAACAUUGCAAUUACUAGGGUUCCUGUAAGCUGGAUUUUAAAACUAUUUUUAAAAGAUUCCCCCCAACAGAGUGCUUACAUCAGUAUGAAAUCCAACACACCUGUAACCAGGCUGACUCGUUGCUGGUUUAUAAAAUGGGUUUUCUCCUCCUUUUUCUGCAGAGAAAUCGAAGCGAUAUUUUCUUCCUCUCCUUGUUUAACAGCAAGUUUUUUGAAACCACGAUCUUCUGUGGAGACUGGCUGCUGCGUAGCAGUGGAUCUUCAAAAAGCAAGAGAAAUGCUCGCGGAACUUGCUACAAGGGACUGGAUUGCUGGCAGGAUCUAUACUUCUUUGCUGGACAACCUGAUUCCUGCCCUUCCACUGAAUUCUCCUCACCAGGAGGCCCUCUCCAGCUUCCUCCUGCUGCCCGAGUGCUGUGCAGCGUUUGAAGCCCCGAGGAUGCAGUGUUUGGCUAUUCCCUUUGCAAAGGCUGUCAAUGGCCUGAGCAAGCGCUCUUUGGACAUUCUAGAAAAAUGUUGGUCCUCCUUGCCAGCCUCGCAUUUAGAUGGAAUAGUUCAGAUGCUAAAGAAAGUGGUCCUCUCUCAGCUCCACUAUUACCCAUGUUACCCUUUCUGCCAGGAGUUGUUACCUCUCCUGGAAGUGCUGAAAAAGCUAUUCAAGGUCAACAAGAGGGCUAACUGCAAGCUCCCGCUAAGCAACUUCUACAUUGAUGAAAUCCGUCAAAUAAUUAAUCCCUUUCAAGAUUUGGGAAGGUGGCAUGUAUGGAUUGAUGCCGUAAAAAUGGGCAAAGAGGACAACUGUCCCAUCUCCUUGUGCUGCUUUCCUUUUGUCUACAAUCUGCUGACGAAGAUGGAAAUAUUUGAUUACGAGUCCUAUUUCCUGCAAGAGAUCGUGAAGGCCAAUGCUUGUGAUACACUGGUACGCAAUCGACUCCUGAGAAUAGGCGAACUCCCUAAACUGCCUGUCUUCCCUUUGAGGGUACGAAGGAGGAACCUUGUGGAAGAUACAUUGCGCAAACUGAGUCAAGUAGAGGACAUUAGCCUGAAAAUGCAACUCUUGAUUGAAUUUGAAGGCGAGAUGCCUGGUCACGAAGCCGGAGGGGUCUUGUUCGAGUUCUUUUCCUAUGUGUUUGAGGAGAUGGUGCAGCCAGACUAUGGGAUGUUUAUGUGCUGUGAGCAAAACUCACCCAUAUGGUUUCCUUCUAGGCCCUCGGUGGAGAAGAAUAAAUACCUUUUCUUUGGGAUCCUCUGCGGGCUCUCCAUGUUCAACAGAGUCACUGCCUAUGUGCCUUUCCCGCUUGCUGCCUUUAAAAAACUGCUGGGCAAGAAACCUACCCUUGAUGAUCUGAAGGAGCUAAGCCCUGUCUUAGGGAGGAGUUUGCAGGCAGUUCUCGAUUAUGAGCAUGAUGACUUCGAAGAAAGCCAUGAACUGACUUACAGUAUAUCUUGGGACGACGUGGAUGUUGACUUAAUUCCAAACGGCAGUUCAGUCGCUGUGAACAAUUCAAACAAGAAGGAUUUUGUAAACAAGUAUGUGGAUUACGUCCUCAACAAAUCGGUGGAGGGAAUUUUCCAAGAGUUCAAGAGAGGGUUUUACAAAGUCCUCGAUGAACAGAUGGUUGCCUUCUUUGAGCCUCAAGAACUGAUGGAUGUGGCGAUUGGGAACGCAAAUUAUGACUGGGAGUUAUAUGAGAAGAACGCUGUGUACUGGGGGAUAUACAGUGAAAUGCACCCUACCAUAAGGAUGUUCUGGAAGGUUUUCCAUGAACUCACUUUGGCGGACAAAAAAGGCUUUCUGUUGUUUGUUUUAGGAAGUGACCGGGUCCCUGUGGUAGGAAUGGACUCCUUGAAGCUAACAAUCCACUCGCAUAAGACGCUUACAGAAGAACAUAUCCCUGAGGCCCAGAUCUGCUUUCACCUUCUUCUUUUGCCACCUUAUUCAACCACAGGAAAACUGAAGGAGAAACUUCUCCAGGCUAUUGAGAACAAUCGUGGCUUUGGCAAGCAACUCUAAUACAGGGACUUGCAAGAUGCGUAGCUUUUGUCUUCAAAUGAAGGGAAGUUUGUCUUAUCAGGCAGUCUGCUCACUGGCCUUUUAACUGGACUUUGGUCACUUGAUUGACUGUUUUCUCUCUCCCCACACCCCCAAUUUAAGAAAAAAUAUUUUAGACCUUAGUAUAGCCUGUUUUUAUGUGUAAUCAUGUCCACAUUGGCGUCAUUACUCCAGUUACUUCUUAAAUUGUUGUACUCCUGUAGUUUUCCUGUUAUCCCACUUUCAAGGUGUAUUUUAAUGAUUGCUUUUAAAGGUACCAUUUUAAUGUGUGAACUGACAGGCUGGUGCCUCACUCCAUUUGGAGAUGCAGAAUGUUAUUUUUUGUUGUUCUUGUUUAUUUAUAUGUACCAAAAUUUUAAGUGAGAACACAGAAUAGAUCCAAAUCAGCACACACAUUCUUCUGGAAAGAGUACUAGAAGCAAAGUAUAUUGGAAUUGCAGGCUUUCAGGCAAAACAGACUGUUCUAAACUGUGUGCUUAAUAUUGUACGGUAAAAACCCUGCUAAAUAAAUUCUUUCUUUCCAAAGUGUCGCUGUGUUAACUUGACCCAUAUGCAACUAGUUCUAUUGAAGCAAUCCUCAAAGGAUCACAUGGGAAUUUCUGUUUACAAGACAAUUGAGGAACAGUUGAGG